AUGCGCGCCGCUUGCGCCGCGCUGCGUCAGAACUUUUCGGACUGUGAUAANUCGUCGUCUUCACCUGGUGAGGCAUGCACCGGUGGUAAUGAAACCGGCGGACAGUGCAGAUCUUCGCGUUUGCCUACCCCACCUCUCGGCCAACCGGUUGUCGGAGGUUAUGCUAGUGGAUCAGGACAUAGCUCGGCAGGUAAACGACCUAGGGCCCCACCACCCUCUGCACAGACACGCAAACAAUCUACUUCCUCUGCCGGGAGAAAGAAGAAGAGUGACAUUGGAGCAGAGGCAUUGGUUGAAAUGGUAGAGAUCGGGAAGCAAAGGCUCGAGAUUGCACGAGAAAUGAUAAAUAUAGCGAAGGCUAGUCAAAUGACAAUCCCACCAAUUGACGUUUGUAUGAGCAGAGUUUAUAAUCUAGUGGGCACAACGACUAUACGUGCCAUUGCGGCUGGGAUGUCAUUGCGGGCUGAGUCGGAUAGACAUCUGCUGCAGAUAUCAAAGAAAGUAAUUAAUUUACGUGAAAGAUUGAGGACGAGCGAAGAACUGGAAGAGGCGGUGCCGUCAGUUGCGAUGGUGACCGAGGAUGAGCGGGUGACGGGGUUUGGGGUUUAG